AUGAAACAGAACGGCGUAUCGCAAAUGGAGUUGACGACUCAAUACAGUAGACACUUCUUCCGCCGUGGCGCUCACUUAGAUCUACGGGAGAUACUGGAAGGCUUGCCAAGCUCUAUUCGCUAUCUCCAUCUGUAUUGUGUCAGUCUGGGUCACAGCGGACCUCUCAAAAAUGGAAUAGUACAUAUCGAAAUACCACGAACAAGCGAGCUACGUUAUAUACACAUUUUUACUUGUACCUUUCUCGCGCUCCCCAAUGUUCGGAGAUUCCAUGUCAGCGCGCCAGGAGAUCUAAAGUUGAACGUCUAUUUCGAAACAUUGCCCUCAGGUCUUGUUUGCCUCGGUCAUAAUGGUGAAAAUUUAAGUAUCUCGCGAGAUUGUCCCAAGUUCGAGGCAUACACGUCGACAACAAACAGACUACCUUCUCAAUCCUUGAAAGAAGACUUAACGGACCAGUUCCAAAGUCAACUGGAAGCUGCUCAGUCCACAGAAGAGACUCAGAACAUGCUCGGAUUCCGGAUCAAGAAUUCAAUGGGAAAUCGUUUAGAGCUUCCGCGACGUUACCCGGGGCCGUUUCCAACAGAUGAGGCUGUUAGCAAGCAUAUCGUCCCCCUCGAAAGUCCCUCAAAGUAUGAAAAGUACCUCAAUGAAGCGACUACGAGUUGCAGGAAUGUCCAGCGGUCGAUAGACAGCUUGAGAUUGGCAACCGACAUGACUCGAGAGUUGAAAAAAGACAACGCUAAGGCAUUGGACGCCCUAUCAACGCUUGCCCUAGGGACUGUACCGGAUGAUCAGUACUACAAAGCAAUGAUCAAGAGUUGCGACGUAGUGGCCAGAUGCAAGAAUGUAAUGAUGGAAAGACAGGGCCAUCUCAAAUCUACCCUGACUACGUUCAAAGAGAACAUUGAGGCCUAUAAGAAGCAAAAGAAGAAGGAAUUCGAAACGGCCAUUUGGAUGGGCGUGGGCGAGGUUGCCGUUGCCGUGAUCUUUGCCCUCUUCACCGGUAAUCCAGCAGUUGCAGUGCCUGCUUUGGUCGAUGCCACUGUUACUAUCGCAGGGGCUGCGCAACAAGUGGACCUGCCCGGCUUAUCAAGCCACGCACAAGAUCAGAGCUCUGGGGCGAGUAGCGAGCAGCCUGAAGCUCCAGCGUCGAAAGUCCAAAAGACCCCGAUCAAAAGUGCCAAAGCUGCUACAUCUGAAAAGCCUGGAAGCAAGGCAGGUGAUAAGGCAAAGGACAUUGGAAAAGCGGCCUGGAGCGCGGGAAAUAAGAUCUUUAAGGCAUGGAAAGUAUAUAACGGUAACAUGGCCAUUAAACACGAAGCAGAGAAGGUCCGACGCCAGUCCAUCGACGAGAGUCUUUCUGCUGCUGCCAGCACUGCGUCUGAGAUUAUAACAACUUCGUCUCCGCCCUUCGACUACUUCGGACUUUUGUCGGAUUGGGAAGAGAUUAAAGUUCAAGUGGACGAAAUGUUCAACGUGCUCAAAUUCAAGCUGGGCUCUGAUACUAUUCCGGGACUAGAAGAGUAUCAAUCCGCCCUCAAGAAGAUGAUCAUCCGAGGCAAGACUCUCAUUGAAGCUCAGCGUCAGAUGCAGCUAGACGUCAAUGCCUAUCUUGGCGGCGUUGCUGAGAAUGCUCUAAGAACCAAGCGCAAAACAGAUAUCGAGAGAGCAGCAAAGGAAAUCGCAAGCCAUCCUUUUCCUACUCAUAAUCACAUCGAUGCCUUGAGCAGAAGCCUGGUCGUUCUCAAGCGAGUGGCAGUCUUACGGCUCCAUCAAUAUUUAUUAAGGCUUAGGUAUCUCUCUUCGCGUUAUAGCGAUAUCAGCGUUAGCGCAUCUCCCGAGACGUCUGUCGACGACCUUGAGGCUGUCGUACGCAGUUUGGUUUCGCAGGUUGAUAGUCUAAGCAAAGGUGCUCACAACAAUCAAACGGUCCCUCGGAUUGAGUUCAGCACAAAGAAUAAUGAAGACUACAAUAUCUUUGUUCCGGAGUGGAAGGCAUGGCUGAAAGAAAACCGCGAGAUUCCUUUUCUCAUCUCAUACAAGCAUCCCUCGGGAUAUGGAUACUACGAUCUACGAAUUGACAGAAUAAGCGCGCAGUUUCUCAAAAACGACGGACAAGCGCUCACCAAUGUCAACUAUGAUAUUUCUCUAGGGCCGAUUAUGGUCGAUCGGGAUCCAGACGACAAACUGCACCAAUACUGUGCUGACGAAUUCCGUAUCAAGAAGACUGAUGAUCAGGGAGAUUGGACAUCGGCUUCGCAGACCGACAGUGAUGCGAAAAUACUGCCAGCCCUGUUUACAUCUGGUACCAUUGAUCUGAGCCAUACAAACCUGGGCAACAUUGAGCUCAGUGAGGUUGCAGAAGUGAAGCUUGUUGUCUUUGCUCGCGGAACCCCAUUGAAUAAUGUCUCUUAG